CACUUAAUGUCCCGACAUUACAUAACGUUGGUUUAGAAAGAUAAGCAUUUUGUCCAAUAUAUUUUAUCCCGGAAGAUUUAAGCUGAUAUAUAAUAGUUCAUCGAAUCUUUAUCUUCAUAGUGUCUGAAUGGUGUCAUUGAAUAGUGGUUAUGGAAACGGAAGAAGAUAAUACUCCGCAGGUUUCCGGGGAGCAGGGUCAAAAUACAUAUGUGGAAUUAGUAACAGAAAAUCACGAUGUGGUCAUCCAGGGGAUAAAAUGCAAAUCUACAUCAUUAACCAAAAGUCAGAAGAAACGCCGGCGAAAUAUUCCAUUAAGAUACCACGAAAACAUUUUCAAAAACUCCAGAAAAAAGAAAUACGCACCUGCUUCAUCGUGUAGAGAACAAAGAGCUGAGGGCAAAACAGAGACACAAGUAGAAAAGUGCAGAGAAAGCAUGAACAGUAGCAGCUACAUCAGCUGUAAGACACACAGGACAGUUUCCGACAGGAGCGAUUUGUCCUCUCAUCUAUAUGAUGAUAUUGAUGAGUGUAUCCAAUCUCGAGAACGAUGUUACAGUAUUUCUACAGCUUCAACCUUUUCCAGCAUGCCACCUCAAAGGGUAAAUAAUGCGGUACAUGACCCACGGGCAGGACGAGGAAAUCUAAGAGAACAAACUCACGAGUCCUCUUCUAACAGGAACCAGAUACAUUACCAGAUAGAGGUUCCGAAAAAGGCAGUCCAGGGAAUAAAAAAGUACAUGGGUUUAUUUUGCAUGAUCUUGGUUUGCGCUGUAAUAUCCACAAUCAUUGCUAUUCUCGUCAGCAAAAACGUCUUAGGAAACAACUCUCCAAAUGUUAAAAAUGGUAACCAAAGUACAUCUAUACCAAAUUUCCCAGAUGCGCAAUAUAUGCAGGAAAUAUUCUUUAAUGCUACCCACGAGGGAGGGAAGAGCAAUUCUGGCAUCAUACGACAAGAUUUUACAGUAAUGAAAGAAGAGCUAAAGGAAGAUCUUUCUAAAAUGAUACACGGAAUAAAUUUUACAGUAAUGAAAGAAGAGCUAAAGGAAGAUCUUUCUAAAAUGAUACACGGAAUAAAUUUUACAGUAAUGAAAGAAGAGCUAAAGGAAGAUCUUUCUAAAAUGAUGCAAGGUAUAAAUUUUACAGUAAUGAAAGAAGAGCUAAAGGAAGAUCUUUCUAAAAUGAUGCAAGGUAUAAAUUUUACAGUAAUGAAAGAAGAGCUAAAGGAAGAUCUUUCUAAAAUGAUACAAGGAAUAAAUUUUACAGCAAUGAAAGAAGAGCUAAGGGAAGAUCUUUCGAAAAUGAUACACGGAAUAAAUUUUACAGUAAUGAAAGAAGAGCUAAAGGAAGAUCUUUCUAAAAUGAUACAAGGAAUAAGAUGUGUAAGCAGCUGUAAUAAUCGACCUGAUGGAGACUACCAGUCAUGUUAUACAUGUCAUGGAUUCGUCAGUUGUUCAAAUGGCAAGUUGGAUAAUAAGAUUUGUGCACCGUACAACGAAAUCGCACCCACCUACUGGGACGAUUUCCAAAAAAGCUGCAAUUACACAUCAGAUACCUGCAAACCGGAAUAUAUUUUCAAAAGAACUGCUUACGGAAUCAUCUGACUCGAUAGUUGGUUUUUAUGGAGGUGAAUUUAUGAUAAAGAUUUGAUCGGCGUAACCCUACACACAGGAAUUUAUGCAAUAUUGACAUGUAGCAUUUUUUGUUUAUGGUUGGUUAUUUGUACGUUUAUUUUACGACCCGUCGAGAAUUUUAUUAUAUUGUGAUGUUUUUUAUGACAAAUUUAUUGAGAGUCAUGUCACAAAUAAGUGUACAAAUGCAUACACAUACAUACAUCAAAGCAAGAGAGAGAUAGAAAAAAGAGGAGUAGGAAGAGAGAAAGACUGUUGGAGAUAGACAGAGAAGGGUGGUGAAAGAAAGAAAGAAAAAGAGAGGAAGAGAAACUAAUAUAUCAUUUCAUACAAAUAUGGUAAAUCGUUCAUAGCUAGGUUGUGUUGAUAUAAAAGAGCAAGAUCAAAAUUUAAAAUAUAGAUAAUGAUAGGUGUAUUUGCCAAUCAGAGUCUGUCCAAGAGAAAAAAAACCCCCAUGUAUUCCACUAAUUUAUAAAUUCAUCAUAUUUACAAUGUUGAGUUACAUAUGUACAGUAUACUUAAAUGUAGUUGUAUAUGUUUUGAGAUUAAUCAGCAGUUCCUGGGUUGAUAGGCGUUGUUGCUGACAUAUAUUGAGAUGUUGAUUAAGUACCACAAAUUUAGACCUAUUGUUAGUGCGAUGUCCUCCCAGUUAGCUAAAAUUCUGAAUUCUGAAGCGCGGAGCAUAGGCCUAAAUUUUUCAGCCCUUCACCGGUAAUGAUGACUUUCCCAUACAAGUGAAAAAUUCUCAAGCGGACGUUACGGAGUAAAUUGAUUUACUGUAUACUGUUUAACAUCCCUCUUGAGAAUCUUUCACUCAUAUGGAGACGUCACCAUUGCGAGUGUUAAACUGAAUCAAAUUAGAGAUCGUGUACAGUUGAUUUUUUGCAAGAUCGAUAUCCAUAACUACUUUGUAUUUAGAAAAGAGUCCCAUCACAUUCACCUUAUUUCCUUUUGUAGUUAGAUUAGAUUAGAUCUUAUUGCUUUCCGAAAGAGACAUAGGUAGUGUACACUCCGAGUAACAAGUCACUCCAGUACUGAUGAACAAGUGAUCAAUCUCAUAAAACAAAAUUGAUCGAAGUGUAAACACGUACCCCUGAAUAUACCAGGUGCCUAGGAGUAAUAAACACCCCCUGUUGAUCACCUGAAAUGGCGGACCAUAUUCUGUUGGUAUCUGAGUGGUGAAAAUGCUAAAUUCCAAAACGAGUUAACUGAAGAAACUACACGCAUUUAUGAGUUUUCCGUCUAAUUUUCCCUAAAAAUACCUGCAUCAAGAAAAUAAUUAUGACUUUCACUACUUAUCAUUUAAUUAUGUUUCUGAAUAGUAAAACUUUAAUAAACGUUUUUGAAACGGCGCGUAGGAAUACAUAUCAGUAACAAUGAAAACAACAACAAAAAUAGUUGUACGUUCGGGUCAGGUAGAGUUACUGUGCAUAAUUAAAUGGAUUAGAAGCCAAAUUAAAAGUACAAUCAACGAUCAUGGUUAAAAGCUGAAUUAGAUAUAAAGGAAGAGAUCUAGAACACGCGGUGACUGCAUUAUGUUGGAGGAGACGUUGAACUCUGUGUCAUGAGAACGGUGGAAUGUGACUCGACUCCAUUUCAGUAUCAAGUAAAAAGUUGAACACCUCUUCAUCUAAAUCGCCCUCUUUGAGCCCCAUAUCACGCAGUUCAAUUUCUAUUCAAGAUCAAACGUCGCCGCUUGCUCCGCCAUGUUUUCGAACUUGUAAACAGACGAAAUAUUCGUGUAUAUCUGUGUCAUCACUAUCUGUGUUAUUUUUAAAAAUCAAUUUGUAUCUUCUUUAUAUGUUUGAUUACGUUUAUAUUUGAUAGCAAUUUAAAAAAAAUCAAACGAAUAUAUUUCGUUUACAAUGAUUUGGUGGAAAUUGCCGCUCUAUAAAUACAUGUAACGUUAAAAUUAGAGUGUGAAAGACGCACUUCAGAGAAAAGAAUCCCCGUGUGCUUAAUGCAGAUAUGACCCCGGAUGAUUUUUUUUAAAUCAAAAAAUUAAACGAAUUUUUCAUCCAAUCAG